CUUCCCUUCCCCCUCUGCAGGUUACACAGAAUGACAUGGUCAUGGCUGAAAGACUGUUUGGGAUCUUGGCCUACGUGGCGUCUUCCAACAUGCCCUAUUACCGCCUGAUUUCGCUGCUUGGAGAUUGCAGGAAGAAACAAUUAUGCUUUCUUUUGGAGGCCAAAGGAAAGAAAUUGGGGACUGCGAGUGACAAUGGCAACAGCCACUGGAAGCUCGAAGGAGAAAAUAUGACCCGAUCCAUGCUGAAUUAUAUUUCAAGGGUUUUAGAGAGAGAAAAGCAGGAAGACAUGAAGGACAAGAAGAAGUUCUGCCAAACCUACAUCCAGCAGUUAGUGAAGGAAGCGGCUGACAUCCACGUGAAAUACGAGUCUUUGCAGAAGCUCUGGCCCCAGAUGUUCAUUGAGCUCGUCAGGGACGCCGUGAUCGAGAUGCACAACAAGGAUUCCUACAGGAGGCACUGCUUGCAGCGUGUGGCUGAGCAGAAGCUGUAACGUCACCAGGCUCCCUUCGCGUGUCAGUAU